UUGACAAUUUAAAUAUUAAAAUGCUUUUACGCAAUUUAAUUUUUAUUUUUUGGUUAAAAUUUGCCAGUUGCGGUCAUGGAAGCGCUGGUUAUGCAAACUAUGGAUACUGGGAUGCAAACGGAUACUGGGUCGAAGGAAGGGUUCCAAAUGAGCAAGGUCAUCCAAAUAAUGUAGAUGGAAACACUGACUGGAACCAAGGAUAUACUCAACACCAUGACACUUUUCAUCAUUUAGUUGGACAUAAACAUAAUCUAUCGCAAGACUAUGCCCCAAGUAAUUUUUAUGGAAACACUGAUUGGAACCAAGAUGGAAGCAAUGUUAAUCAUGAUUUUGAUGGAGUUGCUCAACAAUUUGGAACCUUACAUCUCCAUGGUGAUCCAAGUAAUGUAGUAUAUGCUGGAGGAUAUGGAGAUAAUAUUCCUAUCCAAACCUAUGGUCACACAAAAACAGGUGGAAGAGAUCAAAAACAUUCAGGUGACGCUUCUUCUUCAAGGUCCCGGGGAAAGCGAAUUAAACAGGAUAAUUCGCCGCAUGAAGGAUUGGGACAUGAAGGAGAAGGUGAUGAGGAGGUACAAGAGGAAGAAAGACAACAUAUGCCGCUCUCGAUUGAUCCGAAUGAAUCAAAACAAUACAGAGUGGAAAUUUAUCUUAAGCGAUUCGAUGGUGGCACUGUGUUACUCCUUGAACCUUGGAAAGGACGUGACAAGUAUUCAACCAUAGACAUAGAAAAAGUAUUGUCAAUCUUGAGAAUAGCUAAUGUUGAAUAUCGUCCUGUUGAAGACAUCGAAAAUCAUAAAAAGGAUCCUGAGCUAUAUGGAGACGUUUCAUUUAUAGAAGGAUCUGGCAAACUGAGAGCUGCUGAGGGUGAAACAAUCUCUACAAAGGUAUUAGCUGAUCGCAUCGCUGAUUGGAGUAACAGAGGAGGAAACAUUAGCAAAUGGAUGGUUCGAGGAAAAAAUUAUCAGAAUGAAAUAUUCGAACCUAUGUUUGAUGGCCAUAUAAUGGUUGUGCUUCACGAUAUUGGUGAGGAAGGGAAAGAGAGAUUUAGAAUUCAUUUUACAAUGGAUCGCCUAAACCUCUUUGAUUCGGUUAACAGGAAGAAUUAUUUUGUUAUAAUAGUAAACAAAGAAUUGGUUAUUAUACCUGAUGAAAAUGUUUGGAAUAGAGGGGAUACUUUACGAGGUACAAGAUGGAGGGAGGACAAGUUUUGUCCACAGAAACGUAGAAAAAUGGAGGUAUCUACUCGCCCAUUAACACUGUAUCAAAUCCUCAAUAUUGCUUACUACAAAGUAAUUGAUGGCCGUACUUCUGACGAUAAACCAAUACCCUUCAAAUGUCGUCAUUUUAGCUAUGAAUUCAUAACGGCUAUUGCUGCAGAUAAAUUUCAACCAAGAUUGCUCGUAUAUGAAAAUUGGCCAGAAAAUAUUACUUUUAUGGACAAUCAAGUUACAGCAAAGGAACGUAUAACAAAGCCGCAAUACCCUACUGCUUUUGAACACUCAUUUGAUAAAUUGACAGAACUUGCAAAAUUCAAUGAUUACGACAACAACAAAUAUACGCAAGCUAUUCCUAUUAUUCCUCCAAACCAUUAA